GAUAGCAGCAAUCACUGAAGUUCAUCCAGCUUCUCCAAUUUCUCUUGCCUUUGGGACUUAAACACUCGCCAGCAAAAAGCAGCAAUGGCGGCGGCAAGAGUGAUGGUUUCAGCCAGCAACACUGUAACAGCUUCGCUUCUGUCGAAAGGUCCAUUACGAAGGCCCAAUAGUUUCAGUCUUUGCUGCAGAAACGGACCUGUGCAAAAGAGGCGUCUUUUCACUUGCAGCGCUAUCUACAAUCCCCAACUUCAGACCAAAGAAGAAGGACACCCCGAAACCCUAGAUUACCGUGUCUUUCUAGAGGACAAUUCCGGCAAAAAGAUAUCCCCCUGGCAUGACAUUCCGCUACAUUUGGGUGAUGGUGUUUUCAAUUUUGUUGUUGAAAUCCCCAAAGAAUCAAGUGCAAAAAUGGAAGUUGCUACAGAUGAGCAACACACUCCUAUUAAACAAGACACAAAGAAGGGAAAACUUCGAUACUAUCCGUAUAACAUUCACUGGAACUAUGGAUUGCUUCCUCAAACAUGGGAAGAUCCCUCUUUUGCAAACUCUGAAGUUGAGGGGGCAUUUGGAGAUAAUGACCCUGUUGAUGUUGUUGAGAUUGGAGACAGCCGUGGCAAAAUUGGCCAGGUUCUGAAGGUCAAACCUUUAGCUGCUCUGGCAAUGAUUGAUGAAGGAGAACUUGACUGGAAAAUAGUUGCUAUUUCACUAGAUGAUCCAAGAGCUUCACUUGUUAAUGAUGUUGAUGAUGUAGAGAAACAUUUUCCGGGCACUCUCACAGCAAUCAGGGACUGGUUUAGAGACUAUAAGAUACCUGAUGGAAAACCUGCCAAUAGGUUUGCUCUUGGCAACAAGCCAGCAAACAAGGAUUACGCUCUUAAGGUUAUUACGGAAACCAAUGAAUCUUGGGCAAAGCUUGUCAAGAGAUCUAUCCCUGCUGGUGAGCUUUCACUUGUAUAGAUGCCAAUUGAUAGAGCUUGAGCCAGCUAGUUUUCCUGCUUGUAACCUAAACUGGACGUGGAAAAUCGCCCCAGGAUUAUGCUCUUUGCUUCUGAGGUGGAAGUCAAUUCAUAUUCUUAAGACGGUUUUUUUGUUAAAAAUGUUACUGUUUUUCUACAUCAUCAUCCAUAAUUUUAUUCAGGCUGUAGUGUUUUUAAAUUUUAUCCAGGAUGAAAACAGGUGUACUGACUACUGAUAAAUGAAUUGAUCUUCAUUCUCCAA